GUAUGCGUGUGUUUGUGUUUGGGGAAGGGAACCGGCAAACUUGGAGGUACACAAAACAGUGCUGUUCGGUGUGAUUUCCAAUAAUCGUACAGCUAAUAGUAGAUACAAACCGUGUCUGUUAAACAGACAUCAAGUUACGUAAGAUGCCUUCAACAGUGAAGAUUGGCAUAAUAGGAGGUUCUGGACUGGACGAUCCUGACAUCCUGUUGAACAGAAAAGAGUUAAACGUCUCGACUCCGUUUGGCGAGCCAUCAGACUCCAUCAUAAGCGGGCAAAUAGAAGGCGUGGAAUGCUUCCUACUGCAAGGUAACUGCUGCUUCACAAUCUUCACACACACACACAUGAAAACUCAACACUUACCUCAACGCAGGCAUGGCCGAAAGCACGACGUCAUGCCGAGCAACGUUAAUUAUCGGGCUAAUAUUUGGGCCCUAAAAGAGCUGGGAUGCACGCACAUCAUCGCCACCACAGCUACGGGUUCCCUGAAAGAAGAGAUUGCUCCGGGGCACGUUGUAUUUCCCGACCAGUUUAUAGACAGGACAACUAAGCGAGCGAGCACAUUCUACGACGGAGCCGAGACAUCUCCGAAAGGAGUCUGCCACAUUUCGAUGGCGUCUCCUUUCUGCGAUCUUUUACGUGAGGUACUCAUAUCGUCGGCGAAGCAGCUGGGAAUAGCGGCCCACGACAAGGCAACGGUUGUUACGAUCGAGGGGCCACGUUUUUCCAGUGUCGCGGAAAGCAACAUGUUUCGUGCAUGGGGAGGACACAUCAUCAACAUGACUACAGUGCCAGAGGUGGUCCUUGCUAAAGAGGCUGGACUAUUGUACGCAGCCAUUGCAUUGUCCACGGAUUAUGACUGCUGGAAGCAAGAUCACGCGCAUGUUGAAGUGGCCGAGGUGCUUAAGACUUUGAAGGAGAAUUCGGACAAGGCCUUGCGUAUCAUACGAAGAUCCAUCCCAGAGAUUAAGAAUAAGGACUGGGACCACGUAAUCGGUGAAGCCAAAGAACAACUGCACAAUGCAGUUAUGUUGUAAACGACAAUAUUGUUACGUACGGGGCCAAAGAAGAAUGUAUAUUAUAUAUGUAUUUGGUGUGUGCAGAUCAUAUUGUACACGCAUAAAAUGAUGAAUUCCA